AUGGGACAACAAGGAGGUGGGAGAUUUCUUAGCGAAGUUAGGCAGCAUGGAGGUGGGGAAUUUAUGAAUGGCAUGGGGCAACAAGGAGGUGUGGGAUUUAUCAGGAGGACUGGGCAACAAGGAGGUUGGAGAUCUAUUAAAGGGGUGGGGAACCAUGGAGGUGGGGGAUUUAUCAACGGGAUGGGACAACAAGGAAGUGCGGGAUCUAUUAACGGGGUGGGGAACCGUGGAGGUGGGGGAUUUAUCAACGAGAUGGGACAGCAACGAGGUGUGGGAUUUAUCAGCUGGAUGGGACAACAAGGAAGUGCGGGAUCUAUUAACGGGGUGGGGAACCAUGGAGGUGGGGGAUUUAUCAACUGGAUGGGACAGCAAAGAGGUGUGGGAUUUAUCAGCUGGAUGGGACAACAAGGAGGUGGGAGAUCUUUAAUGGGGUGGGGAACCAUGGAGGUGGCCGGUUCAUCAACAGUAUGGGACAGCAUGGAGGUGGAGGAUUUAUCUAUGGGAUGGGAGAACAAGGAGGUGGGAGAUCUAUUAACGGGGUGGGGAACCAUGGACGUGUGGGAUUUAUCAAUGGGAUAUCUAUUAAUGGAGUGGGGAACAGGGGAACCAUGGAGGUCGGGAUUUAUUAACUGGAUGGGACAGCAUGGAGGUGGGAGAUUUAUCAAUCGGAUGGAGCAGCAAGUAGGUGGGAGAUCUAUUAACGGUGCUGGACUUUACAUCGGAACGAAUUCUGGAUGUUUGCCGAAGGGAGAGAGUUUACUUUUAAUCUCUAACGAAAUGUUGACUUUGUACCAUGCCAUAAAUGACCGUCACAAAACAAAAUAA